AUCUUGUUUAAGAAAUAUUGCCUAAAAACGAAGUAGUAUUAGUGUCUUUUUUUUAUAGUAUGCGAUAUAUAUUAGCGAUAAGAUAUGUCGAAAAUUAUAUUAAUUACAUACAUAAAAUAAGAAAAAAACAUAAUUCACUCGAUAGUCAAAAUUAAGUGAUAAGGAAAGAAAGAACGAGAAAAGAAAAAAUGUUAAUUAGAUAUUAUAUCAAGACAGAUAUUACAUCAAGAUAAAUAGUAUAAUAAAUAGCCACGGCAGUAUCGCUGCGCGUAUUACUUAUACUCUAACUUAACGCCGAAUCACUACCAGUGUUUCUAGAUAUUAUACUCAAUAUAAAUAUUCAGACAUCGACAUAUCCUUUGCGUUUUCCUGUUAGCGCUGAAUAUAACACGAACUCUCAUCAUUUGUAGAAGCUGUGAAAUGGCGCUCAUAACAGACUGCUGGGCCCUGGAUGGCAUAAUAAUUAUAACAAUUCUAAUUAUAAUCGCCUACCUUUACAUGACUCGCAAUUUUAAAUAUUGGAAAAAACGGGGUGUGUUAGAAAUAACGCCAAUACCUUUCAUGGGCAAUUUUAUGGAAUGUCUAUUUCUAAAGAAAACCCCGCUAUAUUUCCUAAAAGAACUAUAUGACCAAGCGAAGGAUGAACCUUAUGUAGGUUUCUACAUUCUGGACAAACCUAUCUUAUUGCUUCGCGAUCGCGAAAUCAUUAAGAACAUCUUGAUAAAAGACUUUAGUAUCUUCUAUGAUCGAUACGCCACGGGUAAUCCAAAAGACCGUAUUGGAUACACCUCUCUCUUUUCAAUUAAUAAUCCUGCUUGGAAAAUUUUAAGAACAAAAUUAUCACCAUUCUUUACUUCUGGUAAACUGAAAAAAAUGUUUGGUUUAAUGCUAGAAUGUGGGAAUCAUUUAGAUGAGUAUCUCGACUCCUUAAAGUUAGAUGGUAAGGGGCAAAUAAUAGAGAUGAUAGAUGUGAGCGCUAAAUUAACAAUGGAUAUGAUCAGCAGCACUACUUAUGGACUCAAUGUGAACACGUUCAAAAAUCCAAACCUCGAUUUUUUCAAAUAUGGCAAGAAGAUAUUUAUAAAUAAUUAUCUGCGCGGUUUAGAGAUACUUGCAAUGUUCUUCCUUCCAAACAUAACUCGUAUAGCUGGUCUAAAAUUCUUCGGUACAGAGAGUACCGCUUUUUUGCGCAAAUUUUUCUGGGAAACAAUGACUAAACGUAUGGAAUCCGGCGAGAAAAGACACGAUCUUAUUGAUAUUCUAAUCGAACUCAAGAAAAACAAUCAUGAUUAUAAAAUUGAAGGCUUUGAAUUCGAUGAGGAUGUUCUCAUGGCGCAAGCAGUCAGUUUCUUCUCAGCCGGUUUCGAUACGACCUCACAGCCUAUUAUUUUCACGUUGUAUGAACUCGCAUUACAACCUGACAUUCAGAACACCCUAAGAAAAGAAAUACACCAAGCGCUCAACAAUUUCGAUGGAAAAAUUACAUUCGACAUGAUCAUGUCGCUACCGUACAUGAAUAUGGUGAUAUCGGAAACUUUAAGAAAAUAUCCUCCAUUGGGAUUUCUGAAUCGCAAGACAAUGGAGACUUACCAAAUACCGAAUUUUAAUCUCGUACUUGAGAAGGAUACGCCGGUUUAUAUCCCAAUGUUUGCUCUACAUUACGAUCCGGAAUAUUUUCCCAAUCCAGAAAAAUUCGAUCCAGAGCGAUUCAAUGAGGAGAACAAACGUAAUAUGCCUUUAUGCGUUUACUUCCCUUUUGGAGACGGUCCACAUAAGUGCAUAGGUAAUCGCUUUGCACUGUUAAUGAUAAAACUGGCGCUCAUUAAAAUAUUGAACAAGUAUGAAGUAACACCAUGCGAAAAAACUACGAUACCAGUGAUCAUUGAUCCAGUAAUAACUUUGACAGCACCGUUAAAUAAAGUAAUAUAUCUCAACAUGCGAAAAGCUAAUAUUGUUACUGAUUAAAAUUUGACAAAAUAUUAUUGAUAUA